GGUGGGAGCGGGGCUGUUGCUAUCAAUAUGGCGGUUGUCAGCCAGACAAAGACAGUCAGUCUGAUGUGAUUGAGACAAGGGAGGUUUUUCAGGGGGAGACUGGGAGAUCGGGCCUCCCCUCCCCCUUCUCCUCUUCCUGCGCCGGCCUCGAGCCCUCCCCAGCCCCUCCCGACAGGCGCCCCGUGCGGAAGACACCCCUCCCCCUCCCGCUUCCCUCCUCCCUAUCUCAGCCCUUUGCGCUGGGACGUUGGGGAGGGGGCUGUGCCCGGGCGGCGAGAACUCUGCAGGCGUUCUAAGAAUGCUAAAUCACGCUGCCCAUCUCUGGAAAGGAUAUUGAUCCACCUCAUGUAAAGUAUGCUCAGUUCCUUUCCAGUGGUUUUGCUGGAAACCAUGUCUCACUAUACAGAUGAACCCAGAUUUACCAUAGAACAGAUAGACCUGCUUCAGCGCCUCCGGCGCACUGGAAUGACUAAGCAUGAAAUUCUCCACGCUUUGGAAACGUUGGACCGACUUGACCAAGAGCAUAGUGACAAGUUUGGAAGAAGGCCUAACUAUGGAGGAAGCUCCUAUGGGAACAGUUCCAACAAUGUCCCAGCCUCUUCCUCCACAGCCACGGCUUCCACACAGACCCAGCACUCGGGAAUGUCCCCAUCACCCAGCAACAGUUAUGAUACCUCCCCACAGCCUUGCACUACCAAUCAAAAUGGGAGGGAGAACAGUGAGCGCUUGUCCACCUCCAAUGGCAAGAUGUCGCCAUCCCGCUACCAUGCGAACAGCAUGGGUCAGAGGUCAUAUAGCUUUGAAGCUUCAGAAGAGGACCUAGAUGUUGAUGAUAAAGUGGAGGAAUUGAUGAGGAGGGACAGCAGUGUGAUAAAAGAGGAAAUCAAAGCCUUUCUUGCCAAUCGGAGGAUUUCCCAAGCAGUUGUUGCACAGGUAACAGGUAUCAGUCAGAGCCGGAUCUCUCACUGGCUGUUGCAGCAGGGAUCAGACCUGAGCGAACAGAAGAAAAGAGCAUUUUACCGAUGGUAUCAACUUGAGAAGACUAACCCUGGGGCUACGUUAAGUAUGAGACCUGCCCCCAUCCCAGUGGAGGAUCCUGAGUGGAGACAAACCCCUCCUCCAGUCUCUGCCACAUCUGGGACCUUCCGACUCCGGCGAGGGAGUCGAUUUACCUGGAGAAAGGAGUGCCUGGCUGUCAUGGAAAGUUACUUCAACGAGAAUCAAUACCCAGACGAAGCAAAGAGAGAAGAAAUUGCCAACGCUUGCAACGCGGUUAUACAGAAGCCAGGCAAAAAGCUGUCUGAUCUGGAACGAGUUACCUCCCUGAAAGUAUAUAAUUGGUUUGCUAACAGGCGGAAGGAAAUCAAGAGGAGAGCCAAUAUUGAAGCAGCAAUCCUGGAGAGUCAUGGGAUAGACGUACAGAGUCCAGGAGGUCAUUCCAACAGUGAUGACGUCGAUGGGAACGACUACUCGGAGCAGGAUACUUGGCAAGUACGCAAUGGGGAGGAGGAGGAGGGAAGAAGUUCAGAGGGAGGCAGAGAAGCAGAGAAGGAUGACAGCACGAGCCAUAGUGACCACCAAGACCCCAUCUCACUAGCUGUGGAGAUGGCAGCCGUCAACCAUACUAUCCUGGCAUUGGCCCGGCAAGGAGCCAACGAAAUCAAGACAGAGGCCCUGGAUGAUGACUGAUCAGGGAAGGUUAAACACAAGUUAACUUAGUUUAGACGUAGCACCUUAGCAGACUUUCCUCAGUCCUUAACAUGUGUUCUUACAGUAUAACUUGCAGUUUCUUGUAUGUCAGGUAGCCGUAGGGUCUUGUUCUGUGAAGAUGGCAUGGUGCCCUCAGCCUUUACAUAUACUCUCAGUAUUAAAACCCCAGUAAGUAAGAACCAGUCAACCAAUCAAACUUCCCUCUCCCAGCCCCCGAGGCUAGAAAAUCUUGCUGCUCCUUCUUAGCAUUCCAAGAAAGUGCUUCCAGGUAUCUAGAGAACCCCCAGUUCUCACAUGUUAGGCUACGUGGAAAUCUUGGGUACCUUUAGAUUCAUGUAACACUAGUCUGUACCCUGUUCUCCUGCCCCGAGACCGACAGGACGCCUGCUGAGCUAGUGGAUAGAUCGGCUGACACCAUCUGGGGAGUAUCGGGGAGUGCCAGGAACACUAGAUCCCACCUCAGCCUGAGACUCUGCCUCCGCUGCAAUAAGCCGUGCCUCGCAGUCACACUCACUGUGGCUAGACUCUCCUGCUCGGGGUCUGUGCUAAGAAUGGCUUUGGACUCGGUCUCAGAUUUGGUUGAUGUCAACAUGCCUGACACAGACAUCCUUCCCUCUCACAAGCUGUGUGCCAGUAGAUACAAUACUGCCUUCUGCCUUUGGGACCAUGAUUGAAAACAAAACAUAAAAGACAAAAAAAAAAAAGUUGUAACAAAGCAAAACCCAGCUUGAGAGUAUUAGAGAAAAGUCUGACUGACUGUUGGAUGGAUGCUAAGUCCAGUUCUCAGAGCCACUGUACCUUCCACAGCGCAGUGAGCAGUGCCUGCUUGGAGAAAUGCUGGGGAUGUCAUGGAAGUUACUUUGCCUCCUGUCGGGGUCCCCUUUCCCUGCUACCAAAAAAGGCUUGUAAGGAUAGAGCUAAGGUCAAAGCGAGUGAAAGAACAGUCUUGGGACCCAUUACCUGAAGCCCACUCCAAAUUGACAGAGGACCAUGUAGGGUACUGUGCUGACUUAACUAUCACAGAGGCAAAUCCUUGCUAAACAGGAGCAGAAAAAAGCAGGGGACGUUUUCCACUUACAUUGUGGGUGUGUGAGACACAGCGGGACGUGACUGUUCUCUCUUCUCUGUCCUUGUAGAGGUAUGAAAAGCUGUAUUGCUACAGGCAAUUUAUUUAAUAAUUGGAAGCCAUAUUGAUAAUGGAUGUGGUAAUAUUUGUAAAGUUUAAUCUACUUUAAGCAGCAGUAACUAAUGGAAUUUUUUUCCUUGGUCACAUAUGUAGCACUUUUGUUACUUUUUAAAGAUAUUUAUAUUUGAUAAAUCUUUUUUUCAUUUUGAGAACUCAAAAUACCAAACAGUGAACUUGCGUUAUAAAGUCACCCUGUGAUCACCUUGUCAUCUAGUAGCAAAAUGAUGAACUAUUCAUGCAUCGAAGAAAAUUACAUCUGCUGGCCUUGUAUGAAAAUGAUCUCCUGGCAACCUGAUUAAAUGGCACAUUGUCACUGUG